AUGUUCACACAAACUGUCCGCGCUUCGCGCUCUCAAAUCGCCCGCGUUGCGAGGCAGCAAAUGAUCAGCAAACGAACUUUCAUCGUUCCUACUGCUGUUCGUCGUGCGGACCUUGUCCAAGAUCUUUACCUUAAGGAAUUGAAGAGUUACAAAGCUCCCCAAAUCAAGGCCUCCGAUUCCGAAGGACAUGUUCUCAAGUUCUCCCCACCUAAGGCUCCUACAUCUCCAGAAGAAACCGACAUUGCAAAGGAAUUGGCAGCAUAUGAGGCAAGCACAGUUGAGGUAGAGGGACAAGCUGAGGGAGGAGUUGAGACUAAGGAGGUUGAUUGGUUUGAGGAGGAACCUGAGGAGGAGGCUGCACACCACUAG